AUGUGCUUCGCCCUUUUGAAUAGAGCCUUACAUAUAGCUCUAUAUUUGACUGUGUUUCGCCACUUUUAUGUGACUAUGGCGAGGGGGGAUUGGGUAUCCAUUUCUUUGCAUUCCAACGGAAUCAAUAUAUGUUAUGGCCUUCCCACCUCUAUCAAGAAAUGGAAGACCGAGUUUUUCUUUGUAGAAGCAUCCUUUUUCAGUGUUACUAUGCAAUUUGGGAGCCUUCUAAAUCGAUUGCACGACCCCAAUCCUGAGCUUACGAUAGACGAGCAAUUGACUGUUGAUCGGCUAGUUGCAAAUUAUGUUAAGUGGAGCGAUCCAGACGAUUCACUUCUCAAACUUGCUAACCUAGAGGGAAACCCUUACAUGAUUGAUCGACCUUCAACUCCAGCCCUUCGUGGGCAGAAUAACUCUCUACUCGAGCGUGUUCAUCGCAAUAGGAAUGCCCCUAACCCUAAAGUCGCCGAGGGAACAACAACGAUAUCCGUGACCCCCGUAGAGGGAGAAAUGGGGUUAGAUUCCAAAUCUAGCAUUGAUUCCCGCAUGCAACCUGAGUCCGAUGAUCCCACUAUGAUCUCUUCAUCCCCUCCAAUAAAUAAAAGAAAAGAGACUAUCAAUCGAAGGGUAAGCCUUCUGUUUUCACUUCGCCUAAGCCAACCGGGAAGAUGA